CACAUGGUGGCCAGCCUUGCUCCCUCUUGAAGGCAUAUGCUAUGUCCCACAAGGGCAAGGCGACGUCUGACGUCAACUACAAUCCGGAGGACGGGCCCAAGGCAUACAGCAACCCGAUGGUCCAUACCCGUCUCAGUGCGUACACAACGAUGGCAAGGGAGGUCCAUGGUCUAGAGUUUGAUCCGGCCACCGAGGACCUUGACAAAGAAGUCGUCAUGAGGGUUGGAGGAGGUAAGAAUCAUGGGCGGUAUUGGAUUGCCGACGGCGCAAUCGACUCGUCCUCUACUCCUACUCUAUCUCAGAUUAGAGCAAGGAGCACGAGUGCGAGCCCAGGCAUACGACCUCGGCAAGACACUUCACAGUACCGGAUACAGGCAUUCCAGGCCCAAUUAGAAGAAGAGAGGAGGCUACGUGUGGAGAACGAGCACAGGAUGAGGGAUAUGUUUGCCUACAUGCAGACUCUUGGUGCCGCAGCGGGUGUAGCUCUACCACCUUUGUUGUUCGCUUCACCUCGACCUCCUGCUAGUUUUCUACUCCUAAUCAAUCGACGGCUCCAAAUGACCCUCAUGUUUCUCCAACUACGCCAUAUUGGAGGUCACUGGGUUGGAGGUCUUGAUGAUGAUUUUUGUCACUUAUCCUGUUUCUGUAGACUUCUCAUAUGUGAUGAGGGAAGGCAUUUGCAUGCGUACGGCUCCAACGCCGCGUGCCCGUCCCCACCGAAGCACAAGGCGGUGGCCAAGCAGGAGCAGGAUGCCAAGAGGGCCAAGCAGGAGCAGGAUGCCAAGAGGCACUUCCAGGAGAAGAGCGCGGCGUACCUGUUCCUCUUCAACGAGGUGAUGCUAGCGGCAGAGGCAAGCCACAGCCCGCCGCUAACCAUGCUCAAUGAGCGCCGGCUGGGGAACCGCAUCCAGGUGGUGUCCUCCCAUGCUGCCGAGGAACGGGCUAGGCUCGAGCAGGAGCACGAGGUCCUUCAUGAGAAGAUGCGUAGGAUCAUUGACCGGGAGAUCGCGGUCGUCUCCCGGGAGAAGGCGGUGGCCCGGAAGGAGAAGGAGGUGGAGCUGAAGGAGCGGAUGGCUCGUCACACCAUCAACACUACCAAGGCCAUGGCAAAGAUGAUUGACGACGAGCAGGCGGCCCUCAACCAUCGAGAGGUGGCCGUCUAG